GCGAGGAAGGAGCAGCCCGUGCCGCCCGCCGCCAGCCAGAGCAUCCCCGCCUUCUACUUCCCGCGCGGGCGGCCCGCGGGGACGCUGAACGUGGACGCCGUCAUCGCCAGGGUGGAGAGCGCCUUCGCGCAGUUCCCGCACGAGAGGGCCGCCCUGGAGGGCAUGGGCCCCGUGGCCAAGGCCUGCGGCUGCCCGCUGUACUGGAAGGCGCCCCUCUUCUGCGGCGCCGGCGGGGAGCGCACGGGCUCCGUGUCCGUGCACAAGUUCGUCGCCAUGUGGAGAAAGGUCCUGCUCAGCUGCCACGACGACGCCGCCAGGUUCGUGCACCUGCUCGCCAGCCCCGGCUGCAACUACCUGGUGCAGGAGGACUUCGUGCCCUUCCUGCAGGACGUGGUGAACACGCACCCCGGCCUGUCCUUCCUGAAGGAGGCGUCCGAGUUCCACUCGCGCUACAUCACCACGGUCAUCCAGAGGAUCUUCUACACGGUCAACAGGUCCUGGUCGGGCAGGAUCACCUGCGCGGAGCUCAGGAGGAGCACCUUCCUGCAGAACGUGGCGCUGCUGGAGGAGGAGCCGGACAUCAACCAGCUGACGGAGUUCUUCUCCUACGAGCACUUCUACGUCAUCUACUGCAAGUUCUGGGAGCUGGACGCCGACCACGACCUGCUCAUCAGCGCGCGGGACCUGGCGCGCCACAACGACCACGCCAUCUCCAGCAAGAUGAUCGACAGGAUCUUCUCGGGCGCGGUGACGCGCGGCAGGAAGGUGCAGAAGGAAGGGAAGAUCAGCUACGCCGACUUCGUCUGGUUCCUCAUCUCCGAAGAGGACAAAAAGACCCCGACCAGCAUCGAGUACUGGUUCCGCUGCAUGGACCUGGACGGGGACGGCGCGCUGUCCAUGUUCGAGCUCGAGUACUUCUACGAGGAGCAGUGCCGCCGGCUGGACAGCAUGGCCAUCGAGGCCCUGCCCUUCCAGGACUGCCUCUGCCAGAUGCUCGACCUCGUCAAGCCCCGCAGCGAAGGGAGGAUCACGCUGCGCGACCUGAAGUGCUGCAGGCUGGCCGACGUCUUCUUCGACACCUUCUUCAACGUGGAGAAGUACCUGGACCACGAGCAGAAAGAGCAGGUCUCCCUGCUCAGGGAGAGCGACAGCGACGGCCCGGAGCUCUCGGACUGGGAGAGGUACGCCGCCGAGGAGUACGACAUCCUGGUGGCCGAGGAGGCCGCGGGGGACCCGUGGGACGAGGGGUACGAGGCGGAGCUCAGCCCUGCGGAGCAGAAGCUGAGCGCGCUGCGCACGCCGCUGGCACACAGGCCCUUCUUCGAGGCGCCGUCGGCGCUGGGCGCGGUGGACCUGUACGAGUACGCGUGCGGGGACGACGACCGGCAGCCGCUGUGACGCCGCCCGCACGCCGGGCGCAGCGCCCCGCGCCAGCACGGGACCGCGGGACUGCGGGACGCCUGCGGUGGGGUGGAGUGCGUUUGUACGGGACGAUAAAUUUUUAUUUAUUCAC